AUGUCCCAGAAGUGGGCGGGGUCAUUUCGAGUGGCGGGAUUUGACGCUCAUGCGUUUACCCUCUUUUGCUCGCCUAGUGCGCAUGGCUCUGUGGGCAGAAUCGGCGACAAUCGAUGGAACGACUUCUGGACCCAAGUCCGGCAGGACGCCUAUGACCACUAUUUUGAUUUGAACAAGACCGAAAAUGCUGCGAAAGGCACUAAUAACGUCUAUGAAUUCGACUACAAAGAUCUGGCGGCGUACAUUCGUAAUAAUCGCGUCGAGCUACGCAAAGAUAUCGUCAAAAUCGUCGGCGAAAAUCUGCGGGACUUUGUGACCGAAUGCGGUGGGCACGAGGUAACCGAGGUGAAAGACCUGUCGGAGUACAUGGUCGCCGACUAUCACUCUAGUAAGAAACUCGGCAGGCUACCGCUGCACACCAACAAGGAGUUCCGACAGCUACAAAGGAAAUUCGCGCCGAAGUUCACAACAGAAGAGCUGUUUGACAAUCUCCCCAAAUCAGUGACAGAUGGGAUGCCAGUCAAGAAAGUGAAGGCCCUCCUAUCUUUUACGUUGGGGUUCAUCAACAAGUCCAAGCACGGAACCACGAAGCCCUUCUAA